AUGCGAGCAAUUUGGAAACGAGUGCUAUUCACUUCUGAUCAGUUGCUCACCUCGUCUCUUCGAGCUCAUAUGGAUGUUCUUUCUUCAGUUGUUGUGAUGGCUUUGCUGGCUCUUGGCACUCUAUUUUCAUUGAUCUUUAUCGCAUUUCAAUUACAUGGAGAAAUGGUUCAUCUUGUUCGUCUUUCAACAAAUGUGAUCAACUCUCGUCCUGAAUGGCUGUCAACUGUCUUCAAUUACACUGAAGAGCAAUUGGAAAGCAAUGAUAUUGAUCUUGACAACUAUGUUGAACAAGCUUAUCAACAGGGACGAGCUUGGCUGGCAUCAAAUGUUCGUUCACUCGCUGAUCCCAAAGACACAAUUCGUGCUGAUAUGCUUGAAGAGCAAAUCAAGAAGAUUGUCGAUAAUGUUUAUCGUUUAUGGGAACAACGAAACUUUGUACCGUCUGCUUCAUCAUCAGAAAUUGUUCACAAGGAUUGGUAUCAACAGCUCACUUCAGUCACCGAUCUUCAUGCAUUAAAAGAAGAGUUAACAUUAAUCAUUAAAGAUAAUGUUGACACUUUGUUGAAUGUAGCACAUUCGGUUUGGGGGAUUUUAGCCACAAAUAUUUCUUUUCUAUCGGGAGUGCUUGGCGCCUUUGCAACUUUGCUUCUUGGAUUUGGAAUGGAUUUGUUGAAUUUGUUGAUUGCUUGGGUCGUUUUUCUCACGAUGCUUUAUUACUUAUUGGCUAGCUCGCGUGAUCAAUGGCUACCACUUGAAUGGGCAAGUCAAUUGACGGCUCUCUUUAAUACAGUCGGCACUCCAACUCCAGCCAUACCCAAGCAAGAGUCUUCAACAGUAAAUGAUAUCACUUCUGCUGUCGAGCAAGCUAUUUUCGGUGUAUUUGUGCUCUCAAUCAAGAUGUCGAUCUUUUACGGUCUCUACACAUAUUUCGUGCAUUCUCUUUUCGAUUUAAACAUCGUUUUUGUACCCUCUUUGGCUGCCGCAAUUUUCGCUGCGAUUCCAAUUAUGGCUCCCUACAUCGUUUGUGUUUUUGGCUUAUUUGAGUUGUACCUUGUUCGAGGAGAGACGGCUGCUUCGAUAGUUUUCCUGAUUAUUAGCAUUGCGCCGGUGAUGUUUGCUGAUGCGGCUUUCUACAAAGAAGUCAAAUAUGCUCAUCCGUAUGUAACCGGCUUGGCCGUCAUUGGCGGAAUGUACUGGUUGAGUUUGCAGGGAGCCAUCAUUGGACCAAUCAUUUUGUGCAUUUUCCUCGUGCUCGUCAACGUCUACAUGAAAUUUGCCAAAGGAAAA